AUGGAUCCAACUUUUCAAGGCAACCAGUUUGCUCCAGGCACAGCUGCCUACAAUCGAGCCAAUGACCUGUACGCCACCUCUACCUACGGCCAGUCGCGCGACAUGAACCCUGGAGAGAUCCUUCAGCCUGCAAGCAUCGAAGACAUCCAGUAUGUCGUCAAGGCUGCUGCCGCGAAGGGUCAGCCUAUCGCCAUCAGAACUGGUGGGCAUCAGUACAGUGGCGCAUCCUCUACCAACCCCAAAGGUAUCCAGUUGGACCUGAAGCCUACCUUCCGACGCCCCAACAUCGACCUCAACUUGCUCCGAGACACGGCCAACGACAAGGUCUACCUCAGAUCGAGUGUCAGCUGGUCACUCGCCGAGAUCUUCGACUUUCUUAAAGAUAAUGGCGUCUUCAUGCCGACUGGACAGUGCUCCACAGUCUGCCUUGGUGGACACGUCCAGACCGGGGGCUAUGGAAUGCUUGCACGAUCCUUUGGUCUUCUUGGGGACUACGUCCGUGAACUUGACAUUGUCGACUACAAUGGUGACGUGGUCAAGGUGACCAAGGACAGUCAUCCCGACCUGUUCUAUGGCCUUCUCGGUGGCAGCCCCGGCAACCUAGGUGUCCUGACGCACUUCAAGAUCGAGGUCCAAGAUGACAAGAACUAUCGGGGCUCCAAGGGUCUAUGGAUGGCCUUCACCUAUCGUCAAGAUACGCUCAAGGCCCUCCUUGACAUUCUGGUCAAGAAGGGAGAGGACCCUAACUUCCCCCGGGGCUACGACUUCACUGUCAACAUUGUCAGCAGACAAGCCAAUCUGCUGGAUCUGUUCCCGGGAUCCGAGGACGAGCUCAAGAAGAGGCUGCCAGACGAUAUUCACAACGGCAAGGACAACAUUGCUGAUGUGCUGAAGUUCAAGUACGCACUGAUUGUCGUCUACGCCCAGUGGGUCAAUGUCGGAGGAGAGCCGUACUCGCCUGAACUCUUCAACCAGAUCAACAAGGUCCCUCACGAGUUCAAGUUUGGCAAGGAGGCCCCCGAAGGCACGCCUAUGUCUGUCAUCGCAUCCAUGUGGCUCUUCGGAAGCCCCCGCGAGUUUCCCUACCCCUACGUCAAGCGCACCAACAGCACCAAGUCGGUCACGCUCUCCAAGACCGGCUGGGCGGAUUGGUUCUCUGGCCGCAUCAACGAGGUGAUCAAGAACAAGAACAACGGCCUCUGGGUCUCAUCUCAGCUGCAGGUAUAUGGCGGCAAGUACUCAAUGUUCCAGAGGAAUGCGGGCAAUGGCACGGCCUACUGCUUCAGGGAUGCCACCUAUUCAGGCACGUGGGAUGUCUUCUAUCAGGGUACGAAAGAAGCAGCGGAAGAGUGGCAGGCGGUAAAUGACGAGGGUGCGAAGACGCACUUCAGCGAGCAAGAUAGACGUGUUCUCUGGGGGUCGUACGGGGACUGGAACAUGAAGAAUGUCUGGCAGUUUUAUUACGAUCCGGUCACGUACAAGAAGGUUCAGAAGAUUAGGGGGGCAUUUGAUCCCAAGGGAACCUUUACUGCGAACCCAUUCUGCGUCGAGGCAUUGAAGUAG